AUGGCUCCUGAAGUUAUAUCUCAUUUAUACGCUGAUACACAAAAUGUUUAUGAUGAUGAUAUACGAACCUGGCCAAUCCUAACGAUUCUGAACUUGCCAACACAAGACAGCAACGUGGAUUGUGGAAUGUUUAUCGGAAACCAGAGACUCACCGGCACCAUCCCCAAAGACAUCGCUAACCUUACCGCCCUCACUCGCCUGGAUCUUCAGUUUAAUGAGAUAUCUGGUGAUCUUCCUUCCCUCUCCUCCGUCGCUUCCCUCUCCGGUGGCAUCGCGUUUGUUCAGAGCAUGACUGGUUUGGAAGAGCUCUGGCUACACUCCAACUCCUUCUCCGGACCUCUGCCGGACUUCUCCGGACUCGUUAAUGUUCAGAGCAUGACUAUGUCGAAAGCUUUCCUGCACUAUGAGCUUCAGAACAAAAGUUGCAAAUAA